AUGUCUUCUGCAUCCAAAUUCGCCCGCGCCAAUCUCGAAGACGUCGUCGGUGCCCUCAACCAGGAGGAGGCCAUCAGCUUGAUCAGUGGCGUGGGCUUUUGGAAUACUGCGGCCAUUCCUAGGCUCAAUGUUCCAUCUAUAAAGGUGUCUGAUGGGCCGAACGGUGUCCGAGGAAAUAGAUUCUUUAAUUCGACACCAGCAAAGGCUAUUCCAAGUGCAACCGCCCUUGGGUCCACGUUCGACACCGACUUGAUUCACGAGGUCGCUUCCAAGCUUCUCGCUCCCGAAGCUAAGCUGCGGGCUGCGUCCGUCAUUCUCGGGCCGACAGUCAAUAUACAACGUUCCCCCCUUGGGGGUAGAAGCUUCGAAUCGUUUUCCGAGGACCCGACUCUUUCGGGAAGGAUUGCUGCUGCCUAUGUAGACGGUCUUCAGCGGCAAGGUAUUGGAGCAUGCAUCAAACACUUUGUCGCAAAUGACCAAGAAGACGACCGUCAAGGCGUCAGUGCCGAGGUUUCGCCGCGUGCUCUGCGAGAGAUCUAUCUGAUGCCCUUUAUGUUGGCCGAGAAACUUGCCAAGCCCUGGGCCUACAUGACAUCCUAUAACAAAGUCAAUGGUCUCCACGCGUCUGAAAACCCCUUCCUAUUGAAGGAUGUUCUUCGCAAAGACUGGGGAUCAGAAACAACAGUCAUGAGCGACUGGUUUGGAGUUUACAGCAUUUCCGAUUCUAUCAAUGCCGGACUCGACCUCGAAAUGCCAGGAACCCGCGCUUUCCGGAGCCAGUACCAAGUCUCUUGGUCGAUUCAUUCCCGUAAAACGACACUAGAUACCGUCAAGCAAAGGGCGCAUAAUGUACUCAAACUCGUGCAGAAAUGCGCCGCUGGCGCUCCCGAGCUGCUCGAUGGCGAUGGGGAAGAGCGUACUGAAGACAAGGAGGAAGACAAAGCUCUCAUGCGCAGUCUUGCCGCACAGACUAUAGUCCUACUCAAGAAUGAGGGUAAUGUCCUACCUCUUCAACAGAACCCGAAGAAGAUUGCAAUCAUCGGCGGAAACGCAAAGGCCAAUAUUCUUUCCGGUGGAGGGUCGGCAUCCCUCAAGCCCUCCUUCCUCAUCACGCCGUUCGAGGGUAUAACCGCGGCGCUCGGAAAAGAUACUAAAGUCUUGUACACCGAAGGAGCUCAAGCGCUGAACACUCUGCCAAAUUUUGAGCGCGAGGUGGUUACUUCCGAUGGACAAUUUGGCUUCGACGGCGCCUGGUACUCUCAUGAUGAAAACGACCAGCCCCUUCCCGAACCUAUGCUCACUCAGCGUAUCGACUCCUCUCUGAUGUUCCUCUUUGAUGGCGUCCCUUCGGGCCUGACACCUAGAUACACUUUCCGGUGUACCGGGCACUUCAAGCCUCGUGAUGAGGAUCAGCUUUGGAACUUUGGCUCGACAGCAAUUGGUCGCUCCAGAGUCUACAUCGACGGCAACCUCGUUGUCGAUACGUGGACUAAUCAACGAAUGGGCAAGGCGUUCUUUGGCAUGGGUUGUGAAGAAAUGCGUGGACAAUUUCACCUCAAGCAAGGCGUCGCGCACGAGGUAGUGCUCGAGUUCACCAACCUUCGCGGCCAGAAGGCGGGAGAGGAUACUCCAAUUACAACGCCCGUAACAGAGCCAGGUGUUCAGUUUGGUGCUGCACCAUGUCUCGACGAGGAGCGUGAGAUUGAGAAGGCUGUGGCGAUAGCUAAAGAGGCAGACGUCGCUAUCCUCGUCGUUGGACUCAACGCUGAUUUCGAAACGGAGGGCUACGACCGUACUACCCUCAAGCUGCCCGGAAGGACAGACGAGCUCGUGAGGCGGGUGGCACAGGCCAACAAGAACACCGUCGUCGUCACUCAAGCGGGUUCUUCGAUUGAGAUGCCUUGGGUAGACGAAGUGCCCGCACUCAUACACUCGUGGUACCUCGGCAACUCAACUGGAGAAGCAAUAGCAGACGUACUCUUUGGAAAAGUCAACCCGAGUGCCAAGCUCUCGCUCACAUUCCCGAGGAGACUCGAGGACACGCCUUCUUAUGGCCACAUGGGCUCGGAGAACGGCACGGUGUGGUACGCUGAGAACCUCUUCGUCGGCUACAAACAUUAUGUUCACAAAGCCAUUCCGACACUGUUCCCCUUUGGCUAUGGUCUGUCCUACUCCAGCUUUGAGUUCUCCAACCUUCAAGUCUCGCAACCGUCCGGACCGGAGUUUACUUUCAGCGCCAAGGUCACAGUGCAAAAUACUGGAUCCGUCGUCGGCUCGGAAGUCGUUCAGAUCUACGUCUCACCGUCCUCGACAACAAAGCUCACGCAUCCAGUCUAUUCGUUGCGUGGCUUUGCAAAGGCAAAGGACGUUCAACCUGGGAAGUGUGUCGAAGUGGAAGUCACAUUGGAUAAGUAUGCGCUCAGCUACUGGUGCGAUGUACGCAACCAGUGGAAGAUUGAAGCGGGGACAUACAAAGUCAUGGUCGGAGUUUCGGCUGAAAAGAUGAUUCUCACGAAUGAAGUCAACGUCGAAAAAGAAAACUACUGGAACGGUUUGUAA